AUGCAGUCCCUGACCGAGGAGAUCCAGAGUUUCUCUCGGACGCGGCUGAGGAAGCAGUGCACACGCGUGACAUCACUGAGCGGCCGCCGCAUCAUCGAGACCUGGAAGGGUUCGACCAUCACUGUGGUUGAAGACCCCGCCCCCCCAGAGAAGAUGCUGGGAUACGUCCCUGACACUUCCUGGGACCUGCAGGUUGGAAUCGUCAAACCCGACCUGCUGCUGGGUUCGCAGGAUGCUGCACAUGACUUUGGAACUCUGAGAAAACACAAGGUGUCUCACAUCCUGAACGUGGCCUUCGGCGUGGAGAACAUCUUCCCUGACCUGUUCAUCUAUAAGACCGUCAGUAUUCUGGAUCUUCCUGACGCUGAUCUGCUGACUCACAUCCAGGAAUGUUGUGACUUCAUCCAGCAGGCUCGCUCGGAGAAAGGUGUGGUGCUGGUCCACUGUAACGCCGGCGUGUCCCGGGCACCGUCUGUGGUCGUCGGCUACCUGAUGUCAUGUGACGGCCAGUCCUUCGACGCAGCCCUCUCAUUGGUCAAAUCGUCUCGGCCUGCCUCCUCCCCCAACCCCGGCUUCCUGGAGCAGCUGAGGAGCUGCAAGACACCGACGGUGAACGGGUCCAAGCGCUAA